AUGGUUGAAGGGGAUGGCUGCCAUCGUAUCGCGGCGCAGCACCGCAAGCAGCUGGUUGGGCGGAAGCUCGCCGCACGAUCCCCAAACGGACGCUUCCGCGCCGGGGCGCAGGCCAUUGUCAAGUGUGGUGGGGUACUGCUAAAGAUUGAAGUUCACGGCAAGAACAUGUUCUACUUCUUCGGGGCCGAGGGGUCCCAAGCUCCGAGUGUCGUGGUGCACGUUCACUUCGGGCUGGCUGGCGCCUUCGCCGUCUACAAGGAAGAGCCGGAGGCCGGCUCGAGCAUCCGCCUUCGUCUGGAGACAGCGGACAGCAAGGCCCCACAUCUGGUCGCCCAUUUGUCAGCCAUGGUGGUGAAGCACGGAAAGCCAGAGUCUCUGUACACAGCACUGGUGGCCAAGCUUGGCGCAGACCCCCUGCGGGAAGACGCGGAUCCGGAGAGCUUCGUCUCUGCCUGCGCUGCUGCGAAGAAGCCCGUGGGUACCGUUUUGAUGGACCAGUCCGUGUGCGCGGGUGUUGGAAACAUCUAUCGCACCGAAAUUUUGUACGAAGCUGCAAUCCAUCCCAAUCAGCCGGCCAAUACAUUGACGAGGGCAGAGGUGUUGAAGCUCUGGAACACAGCCGUGAAGCAGAUGCAAGCAGGCUACAAGUCAGGCUCCAUCUGGGGCACGAAGGCUGGUUCGUUCUGCUAUGACAAGAAGCAGUCGGCUUGCGGCGGAAAGGUGAAACACUGGAAGAUGGGAGGCAGAAGCGUUUACGCCUGUCAGAAACGUCAGCGCUUGGAAGCUCGAAAGGCUCCAAAAGAAUCGAAAGCUCCAUCGCUGCGCCGAUCUGGCACGCUGCACGUGGACGGCGUCGUCUCGGCCGUCAAGGCAGAAAACAAGAAACGCGCGCACCGGCGAGGCCUCGGGGUCCAGCAUGUCGCACUGAAGGACGACGAGACGCGGGCGGCCGCCCUGGCAGCACGCGUCCGGAAGCGCCCAAGCAAGAGAUGA